UUAAGGUCUCUCGUUAUAAAUAUGGGGAUACACCAUAGGUAAACCGCAGGUUUAAAUAACCAUGUUAGCUAUCGUGUAUCGAAAUAUUUGAAAUGGCGAAUUUGGGACGAGUAUAUGUGUUUUGGAUCCUUAUUUAUAUAUGCCUGUUAACAGAAGGGUCGGGAUAUUUCAUCUCCUCGACGGCAACGACCUGGCAAAAUGCUAGUAAAGAAUGUGAGCUUGUACAACCAGAACUCAAAUACAAUGAAAACGGUCUUGUUGAGCUCGAAGGACAAGUUGAUAUACAAGAAACUAUUCCAGCGAAAGAUGUUUGGAUAGGAUAUUUCAAGGCAUUAACAAGGUUCCAGUUUAAAGGUUGUGGUUGGUCGUUGCGGCGGUAUCCCAAUAUAACGCACACCGUGUUCAGUCUGGCCCAGUGUCAUCAUAUCUGCGGCGAAACAAAUAUGUGGAUAAUCGUUACACAUCAGAUAAAAACAUGUGUUUGCACUAACGAUUUGUAUGGUCUAAUAAACGAUGGCUGCACAUUAUGCGACGAUAUCAUUUGUGGUCGUGGAUCCUAUAAUGCUGUUUAUAGCGUAUUGACCGAUGUUUCUGUAGAGAGUAGAAAUUCCAGUAAUACUGAUUAUUUAUGCCAAGCAUCCACAUCCAGCUCUAUCCAAUCAGCUUGGGUGAUGUGUGCGGAUACACAUUAUCAAAGGAAAGUAUGGUGCAGAGAUAAAGGGAAGCCAUAUAUUUCGACACAGACAUUUGUUACCUGGAAUGCGGCUAAUGAUCACUGCGCAGAUACAUUUGACCACCCAUCGUCCGCCGAAGGUUACAGUGGAAACAGCAAUACAAAUUUGGCGUUUACAAAUAUUCGUCGAGAGUGGACUCUGCACACAGCGAAAAGUAGUUUCAAUGGUCCACGAAUGUUUGCCUACAUAACAAUCGGAUCAACAGAGAUAAAGUUUUCUAACAGUUCAAAGGAGGACAGGAAGCACUUCUUGUGCGCUGGUACUCGACCAAUAGCCACAACCACGGCGUCUUCAAAUCAAGCUUUAUCACCAGAACAAAAUUCAACAAGCGAAGCGCCUAAUGAAGCAUUUGCAGACUCUUCACGAGGUCCUUCAACUGCAGCUACAGCAGCAGGAGUUUCAGUUGCAGUCGCGCUUGCGGUAGCAGCUGUUUUGAUCGUUGUUGGUCUAAGAAAAAAAGGGAAAUUGUGCUUCGCAAUCACAAAGGGUUCGACAUAUGAGAACACUGACUGCAAUCACCACAUGUCGUUAGCGACGAUAGAUUCCAAACCAAACGAAUCCUACCCUGAGUCUACACAAAACGGUUCCUUUCACGGCCCUGUGUCAAACCAUACAUAUUGUGAACAUCAUACCAAAACUGGAACGUCUAAGGAUCUAUGCACCUCAACGGACACAUGCGUGGCCUCUCAAAACACCAAUAGAAAACUGGGACUUGCAGCAUCAGAGGUUCACAGCUACUUUGUCUUAGAAGCUAAUGGCAAUGCAAAUAGCGAUCCAAAGAACGUAUUGCAUGCAAAUUCCGUUCAUGCAAACCAAGGUCGUCGGUCGACCGAUGAAAUGCCUUCAAACGAAGCUAAUCCUUAUUUUGUGUUAGAAAAACAGACAACUCUUAACUCAACAUCAAUGAAUACAGCAAAUACACGUGAUUUGGCUAACGAUGAUAGAGAUAUGUAUCAAGAGAUAGAUUCGAGUGACACAUACGCAGCCAUUGAUGAUUCACGAGAUGACAACAACGAUUAUGAUUACACAAACAAGGCAUUUAAGCACUCAAGAAUGGACUUCUCAGACAACGUAUACAACCAUCUAAACACUGCUGGCGACGAUUAUGAUCAUGUUGGCAAAGUACACAACAAACUUUAAAGCAAAUGCCUAUGACGUUACGUCUAGUGCCGUGCAAAUAUAAACAAGGCUACGAACAACCAACUUCCCGUAUGUUAUAUCACGGAAUUCAGAGAGUCAAAAAAUCAAAAAGGCAAAUUGCCAAACUUAAUUAAGCAUUUUUGAAGUAAGGUAGUUUUAACUGCUACCUUUUCCUUCUGUUAAGAAAUUAAUAAGCAUAAAUACAAUUGUAUUGAUCGUUAAACAAAUAAUCAUCUCAAAAGCUCAUUAAGUUUGGUAUAGAAAGGAUUCAAUUGUAACACCUAAAGGCGUAUACGCCAGUUUAGUUUCACGCAAAUUUGAUUUACUGCAACACCGGGUUAUGCUGUUUCGGACAAUGAUCCCAUAGACUACACAAACGUACUUGUAACGACAGGGCAUGUCUUGAAUUAAAAGAAAUAGUUUGUAUUUCUUUUAAUUUGAAGAUAUGUGUAUCGCAAGUUAGACUUGAGUGAAAUGGAAGCUUUUUUCAGCUUGAAGCGUGUUGUUAUUGAAUGAUCAUAUCUUUUAAACAUGGCACUACUAUAUACUUGAAUAUACAUUUAAUAUACAUGUAAUUGAAAUCAUAAGGUUCAUGACAUAUUCUGUUUAACAAUCGAUCGCACUUAUAUUUCAGCAACUUUCUAGUUGUAAUUUUUCAAAGAGCGGCUAAAGAUAUCAAAUUAACUUUAUCUGGUUUUGUUUUAGAGUAUUUACUAGCUAAUAGCUUGUUUGGUUAAUGCAUUAAGAUGAUUUCCUGUGUAUUGUGCUAUUCAUAGAUUGUCUGUUACGUGUUGUUCCAUGAUAAAUGUUUAAUAUGCUAGUACUAAACCAGCAUUUUCUAUUUAUUUACAUGUAAUACAACUUUACUUAUAAUAUAUUGUGUUGAACAAACUGAAUACUGUUCUGCAUUAUACUUGUUUUCAUACAUGGUUAAUGGGACAUACUGCAUUGACUCCACAGCUUUUCAAAAGAUAGCAUAACUUUGUUAGUGAAUGUACAUAAAUAUUCGUGUAAGUUUAUUACAGUGUUUUAUAAUUUCUUAUUGUGUUACUAUUCCUAUACAUGCAAAUAAGUGAUUGAAGUGUUUUUAUCGCAAUACAUUACCAUUUACCUUGUUAUAUAUGUACUCGAUACAUGUAUAUAUACAUCAUUUACAUGCUUCUGCUAUCGGCUAAGCAUAGAGAGGCAAUCAUUUAAAUACGCUCAUAUGAUUACUAAUACAUCUUUGUUUGUAUUAUGUGUUAUUGGCAUGUGUAAAUA